CAAGCCCCCACACCGGACAUUGUCCCUUCCACCUGGUUCCCUCAGCCGCCCUCGGGCCACCCAGACUCUCCAUUCCCCAAGCGCACUCACUCAGGCAGCUCUGGCCAUCACAACUCCUCGAUCAGCGUUUGCAUCUGCCGGCGCUCGUGGAGUAAAUACGGUACAUACCGUAAAUACUGAGACAAAAGUGCAGCACACAG